ACCAUUUAUACAGAGUCACCUGUAUACAGAGUAAGCUAGACUUUGGCCUGUUAGACUAGAGGCUGUGUUAAACAGUGGAUCACACUGUUUUCUACCUCUCUCAGAACCUGGAGCUUUGGCUACAUUUCUGUGAACAACAACCAGGAAACUUUCAGGAUGAUCCAGGUGUUCCUGACAGGUCUCUUUCUACUGUUGCACAGGCCCACAUUUUGUGAUGGCAGUAAGAUUCUGGUAGUUCCUGUUGAUGGCAGCCAUUGGCUCAACAUGGAAAUAAUCCUUAAAGAGUUGCACUCCAGAGGCCACAGCAUCAGUGUGCUGCACUCUCCCACAGGCUGGUACAUCCCCAAUAACUCUACAUUUUACACUUCUAUCCAUGUUAAAAUGUUGGAUGAUGAAGACAAGGAUUUCUACAAUAACAUGCUUUUACAGUAUAUGGAAUGCCGCAAGUCAACACAGUUUUUGCGCACCUUCUGUCAGAACAACUUAGUAGGAUCUAUGCUGGAUUUAGGCCACAUGGCUCUUGCUCAAGCCGCUGCUGAAAUGUUGGAUGACCCUGUUUUUAUGAAGACGCUGCAAGAUGCCAAGUUUGACCUGAUGUUAACAGAUCCUGGCCUGAGUAUUGGGGUCCUGCUGGGUAGUUACCUCAAGCUGCCAAUGGUUUACAACGUACGCUGGAUGAAUACAGGGGACGUUCAUUUCACCAUAGCUCCCUCUCCUCUGUCCUAUGUACCUGUGCCAGGAAGUGAACUUCAUGAUCAGAUGGAUAUUUGGGAAAGAACUAAGAAUAUGCUGCAUUAUCUGCAAAGUCUUUAUCAGCAGUACUUUAUCAUAAACCCUUACUAUUCAGAUCUGCUCCAGCGGCACUACCCUCCUGGAUCGGACCUGUUGUCCCUGGAGCGCUCGGCUGAUCUCUGGCUAGUUAGGGCCGAUUUUGUCUUUGAGUUUCCUCGCCCAACAAUGCCCAAUGUGGUCUACAUAGGGGGCUUCCAGUGCAAAGAGGCAAAGCCCCUCCCUGCUGACCUGGAGGCCUUCAUGCAGAGCUCUGGGGAGCAUGGGGUGGUGGUCAUGUCCUUUGGGACGUUGGUGUCAGCUCUGUCUCGUGAGGUUACAGAAGCCAUCGCUGCUGCUUUUGCUCAACUCCCUCAGAAGGUGGUGUGGAAGUUUCUUGGAGAGAAGCCUUCAUCUUUGGGGAACAAUACCCUCUUGGUGGAGUGGCUGCCUCAGAAUGACCUCCUCGGCCAUCCCAAGACUCGUGCCUUCAUUGCCCAUGGUGGCACCAACGGCAUGUAUGAAGCCAUCUACCACGGCGUUCCUGUUGUAGGCAUUCCUCUCCUUUUUGACCAGUUUGACAAUGUUCUCCGACUCAAGGUCCGUGGGGCUGCUAGGAUGGUUGAGGCCAGGACCCUUAACGAGAAAGACUUUCUUGAAGCCUUGAAGGAUGUCCUGGAGACCCCUUCAUACCGACAGAACAUGCAGCAUAUGUCAACGCUGCACCGGGACGUUCCAGUGUCACAAAUUGACAAAGCCAUCUUUUGGAUCGAGUAUGUCAUCAGGAAUAAGGGAGCAGGUCACCUUCAGAUAGCAGGGUUUAGUCUGCCUUGGUACUCUUAUUACUGCCUGGACGUUGCGCUCUUAUUCCUCGUUCUUAUUGUAGCAUUUGUCUGGGCUUCAGUUUCAUUCUGCAGAAUUCUCUGCUGCCGACGGUCCCGUAGGAAGACAAAAGCAGAGUAAGUGACUCUCUGAUGGAUUUGCACUCUGGACACAUUCUUGGUAGAAAAAUAAUACAACAAAGUUCUGAUAAAGUCAAGAAAUAUUUUUAUGCUUACAGAAUAACAGAAAACCUCCAAAAUCACACACUGGUAUGAAAAAUGAGAAAAAGAUGUCAGUUCCUGGCUGUAUUUCUUCUCAUUGCUUGUUUUUUAUGUCUUUGAACCAGACUCUAAUAUAAUAUGAAUAGCAAAUCACCCAAUAUUUUAGCUUUAAUCAAUAAGAGAUGUCCAGCUUCAGAAGCCCUCUUGUAGACCACUACUGAUAAAUGUUGCCUCUGUCAGGUCAGAAGGGACAACAUUUGCCUGUACAGCAUGUUUCCCAUUUUAGAAAAAAAAAAAAAAAGAAAACAAUAAACUCCAUUCAUAAACAAAGUCUAGCCAUCACAGACGAAGCAAUAUCUUAUACACAAAACAGAAAAUGCUAACAGUGGCUAGCUUUAGCUUCAUCACUUUUGGCUCAAGCUAAUGUAGCUAAACUAGCUAUGCUGUUAAUGUUACUAUGGAAGCCAGUGUAGCUACUUUAUCUUAACCCUUUGAGCUCUGAGCUACUUUUGAACCAUUUGGUCUCAUCUGGACUUUUUGUCUUAAAAACUUGUAAAACAUCAACCAUGUGGUGCACAAUCAAGCUCUUAACAUCCCUUUUUCCAGGACAACCUGGGCUUGAAGUAUAUGUACUUAGCUUCUUUUGAGUGAUUAUUCAAAGCACUUCCUGUCUGCUGUGCCACAGAGGAACACGUCACAGCCUCUCUGUGUCUCUUUCUCUCUAUUAUGAGCUCCUCAGGCUGUCUCAUCCAGUUUCUAAGCGUUAGAGCAUGCUCAGGUUGGCAAGGCAUGACGUGACGAUGGAGCAGCCUGCCAUUGGUUGUCACAGUCUGUAACUAUGCACUGUGUCAAACAUUAUGGUGGCAAAUGCUAAAGCUAGAGGCAGGAACGAUUGAAAAUGGGUUAAAAGGGAUAAAAGAGGCAUUCAAUGUCAGAACUACUAGUGUUGAUUUAAUAUUUAAAUGCCCUGAAAAGUCACCCAAGUUCAAGGCUCAUUAGAAAAGGUAUCGUCAUUCAGGAAAAUACAGUAAAGUCCUUUUUCUGAUAAUGGACCUGAUACCUGACCUUAAUAAGUUAACCCCUUAAAGCCAUACUUGAUACAUACUUUUUAUGAUACCUCUAUCUAAUCAAUAUGAUCAUAAAUUACAAAAAAGAAAAAAAAAUCUUCUGAAUACAAUCUGAAAAGUGAUAAAAAUGCCCUCAAGUGGAUUAUCAGUUAAAUAUAUAUGUUAAAUUUUAUGUAAAUUUGGAUUAUUUGGAUAUCAGUAAAGAGUGAAAUAAACAUUUCAGUUCUAAAAAAUACAUAAUUUUUUGAAUAUAAUUUGUGUUUUCAGGCUUUAAUGGGUUAAGGCCAGGUAUAAACUAAAUUUUGAC